AUGCAGCUUGCAGUGGUGGGUCAGCAGGUGCCGACCAUCGCACGGUCGGGCGCGAAGGCUACCCAAUUGUGCCCGAUGAAGGCGCUUACGGCGCGCGUGAGCAGGCGUGCAGUUAAGGCUCAGGCCGUUGCAGCUCUACCUCAAAAGAACAUCAAGGUGUCAGAUGUCAACGCUGUUGGCUUGAAGGAUGUCCCGCUGCGGUCGCUCUUCCCUGACGAGCCCAAGCCGCCUGCUCCGGGAGCGCCAAAGCUCAAGGUGGCCAUCGUCGGCGGCGGCUUGGCGGGUCUUUCCACAGCUGUGGAGCUUCUGGACCAGGGGUACGAGGUGGACAUUUAUGAGGGCCGGCAAUGGAUUGGUGGCAAGGUGGCAUCAUUCGUGGACAAGAACGGCAACCACAUCGAGAUGGGUCUUCACGUGUUCUUCGGGUGCUACUUCAACUUGUUUCGUCUGAUGGCCAAGUGCGGGGUGCUGGAGAACCUGCUGCUCAAGGAUCACACCCACACGUUUUGCAAUAACGACGGCGAUGUCCGGGAGUUGGACUUCCGUUUCUACGUCAACGGAAUGAAGAUCGGCGCGCCCUUUCAUGGCCUCAAGGCGUUCUUCACGACCCCCCAGUUGGAGCCCCUGGACAAGGUGGCCAACAGUCUGGCCCUGGGCACCUCCCCCAUCGUGCGGGCGCUCAUUGACCCGGAGGGGGGCAUGAAGGACAUCCGCGACCUGGACGGCAUCUCCUUCACGGAGUGGUUCACCAGCCAUGGCGGGUCCAUGAACUCCAUUAAGAGAAUGUGGGACCCCAUCGCUUACGCGCUAGGGUUCCUGGACUGCGACCACAUCUCCGCCCGCUGCAUGUUGACCAUCUUCCAGUUCUUCGCCACCAAGACGGACGCCUCCGUACUGCGCAUGUUGAACGGCUCUCCGGCGGAGCGGCUGCUGAAGCCCAUCGCGGACUACAUCACCGCCAAGGGCGGCCGCAUACACACACGCGCGGGAUGCAAAGAGGUGUUGUACGAGAAGGGCCCCGACGGCGCCACUCGUGUCACCGGACUUCGUGUUGGACCCACGGGUCGGGAGCAGCUGGUGACCGCGGAUGCCUACGUGGCCGCGCUGGACGUGCCGGGUAUAAAGAAGUUCCUGCCCCCCGCCUGGCGGAGCGCUUACCCGCAGUUUGAUGCGAUUUAUAAGCUUGUGGGCGUGCCGGUCAUUACCGUACAGCUGCGGUACGACGGCUGGGUCACGGAGAUGAAGGACGCUUCCCGUGUUCGCGACACUCGCUCCCCCGCGGGUCUGGACAACCUGCUGUACUCGGCGGACACGUACUUUUCCUGCUUUGCGGACCUGGCGCUCACGAGCCCCGUGGAGUACUUCAAGGAGGGCGAGGGCAGUCUCAUGCAGUGCGUCAUCACGCCCGCCGCGCCGUACAUGUCCUGGACGAACGAGGCCAUCGCGGCCGAGACCGAUCGGCAAGUACGGCAGCUCUUCCCCUCGGCUCGCGGCCUCAAAUGCACAUGGCACUCGAUUGUCAAGAUUGGUCAAUCUCUGUACGAGGAGGCGCCAGGGAUGGACUUGUACCGCCCGGAUCAGAAGACGCCGGUGCCCAACUUUUUCCUGGCGGGGUCGUACACCAAGCAGGAUUAUAUCGACUCCAUGGAGGGUGCCACAUUGUCAGGUCGUCAGUGCGCGUACUCUAUCUUGGAAGCCGCUCCGAAGAUUCUCAGCGACAAGACCAAGAUCGCCUCCGCCUCCGCCGCUAAGCCAGUGCCUGCAGGGGCAGUGGCGUAA